CGUCAUGGCCGAGGCAAACGCGCCGCCGCCUGCGACAGCGACAGCGGGUGAGUCGGAAGCGCAGCAGCAGCAGCAGCAGCAGCCGGGUGAGGAGAGCGAUGAGCCCGUCAUUGACGGUGUAGUCGGGUUCAGCCAGGGCGGAAGCAUGGCGGCGAUGCUCGCGGCAGCGAUGGAGAUCGAGACUAUGGGGCAGGGACUACGGCCGCCGCCGCCCGAGCACGCGGCAUGGGUGUCGGCGGUGCGGCGGGCCAACAGCCGGCGGCCGCUCAAGUUCGCCGUAGUGUAUUCGGGCUUCUACGCGCCGCCCGAGGACCUGCGCUGGCUGUACGAGCCGGCCAAGAUCGCCACGCCCACGCUGCACUUCAUCGGCAGCCUCGACACGGUCGUCGACGAGACCCGCAGCCAGGCCCUCGUCGACCGCUGCCAGGACCCCCUCGUUAUCGUCCACCCCGGCGGCCACUACGUGCCCAUCAGCAAGGAGUGGGUCAUGCCGCUUGUGGGCUUUAUUAGGAAGUGCGUCGAGGGGAAUGUGUGAAUGGGCGUGCGUAUUUGAGAAAAAGACUGGGGUUCUUGAGCGAACUAUAGACACGUCGUUUUACAUGUCAUUACUUGGUGGAUACUGAACUGCGUGCUGCUUUAGACUACAUAGAGAGAAGGGGAGCAAGAGUGGUUGUCAUGUGUUGAUAGACUCAAGACUAGACUCGAGAGGUUUUUCUCGGGGGCUGGGG